GGUUUGUGCUUUGAGCCAUUUGGUUCCUGCAGAGCCGACGAAGGACGACGAUGGAGCUCAGGAGAGGAGCAGAAAGCUGUUUGUCUGCAACGAGUUGAGCAACUAGACCUUUGAUUUGUGUUUGUCAUCAACAAGCUGCCGUUUGUCUGCUGCUGUGGACGUCCACAAUCAGCUGGUGGCUGCAGGUUUUCACCAUCAUGGAAAGCAUCGAUCAGAACCCAGGACCAGGAUCUGAACCUGGACCUGCACCCAGCUGUGUGUCUUUAAAGAGUGACCAGUCAAAGGAUUUUUUUUUGGGAUUUAAAGAACAACCUUCUGCUGCAAAGAGAGUGGACCAGCAGAACUCGGAGGUUCCCAGAGCUCCGUCUGUACAGCAGCAUGACCUAGACUCCAUAUUCAUGCUGCUGGAAGACAACAUGGUGACUUUUUUGAAGAAGGAGCUGAAGAAGAUGCAGAAGGUUGUGAGUCCAGAUAACCCAGAAUGCUCAGAGAGUCAGAGGGAGGAUGAGGAGGAGCUGGAAGGUGAUGAUGAAGAUCAGAGGAGCAGCAGAGAGAUGCUUCAGCAGAUCACAGUGUUGUUCCUGAGGAGAAUGAAGCAGGAGAAGCUGGCUGACUGUCUGCAGAGCAAACUUGCUGCUGCAGUUUGUAGACGUAAACAUAAAUGUGGUCUGAAGAAUAAAUUCCAGAGAGUGUCUGAGGGCAUCGCUAAAGCAGGAAAGCCAACCCUCCUGAAUGAGAUCUACACAGAGCUGUACAUCACAGAGGGAGGGACUGCAGAGGUCAAUGAUGAACAUGAGGUCAGACAGAUUGAAGCAGCAUCCAGGAAAGCAGACAGAGCAGAAAGAAGAAUCAGAGCAGAAGACAUCUUUAAAGGCUUACUUGAAAGAGAUGAACCAAUCAGAACAGUGAUGACACUGGGAGUGGCUGGCAUCGGGAAAACGGUGUUAACACAGAAGUUGACUCUGGACUGGGCUGAAGACAAAAGCAACCAGGACAUCCACUUCAUGUUUCCAUUUACUUUCAGAGAGCUGAAUGUGCUGAAAGAGAGAAAGUUUAGCUUGGUGGAACUUGUUCAUCACUUCUUCAGUGAAACCAAAGCAGCAGGAAUCUGCAGGUUUGAAGACUUCCAGGUUGUGUUGAUCUUUGACGGUCUGGAUGAGUGUCGCCUUCCUCUGGACUUCCACAACAAUGAGGUCCUGACUGAUGUUACAGAGCCCACCUCAGUGGAUGUGCUGCUGACAAACCUGAUCAGGGGGAAUCUGCUUCCCUCUGCUCGCCUCUGGAUAACCACACGACCUGCAGCAGCCAAUCAGAUCCCUCCUGACUGUGUGGACAUGGUGACGGAGGUCAGAGGGUUCACCGACCCACAGAAGGAGGAGUACUUCAGGAAGAGAUCCAGAGAUGAGGAGCAGGCCAUUAGCAUCAUCUCCCACAUCAAGGAAUCACGAAGCCUCCACAUCAUGUGCCACAUCCCAGUGUUCUGCUGGAUCACUGCUACAGUUCUGGAGGAGCUGCUGAGAACCAGAGAGGGAGGAGAGCUGCCCAGAACCCUGACUGAGAUGUUCAUCCACCACCUGGUGGUUCAGAUCAAAGUCAAGAAGAUCAAGUAUGAUAGAGGAGCUGAGACAGAUCUAGACAGCAGGAAGAUGAUUGAGUCUCUGGGAAAACUGGCUUUUGAGCAGCUGCAGAAAGGAAACCUGAUCUUCUAUGAGUCCGACCUGACAGAGUGUGGCAUCGAUGUGAGAGCAGCCUCAGUGUACUCAGGAGUGUUCACACAGAUCUUUAAAGAGGAGAGAGGGCUGUACCAGGACAAGGUGUUCUGCUUCAUCCAUCUGAGCGUUCAGGAGUUUCUGGCUGCAGUCUACAUGUUCCACUGUUACACCAACAGGAAGGAGAAGGUUCUGGAGGGCUUCCUGGGAAACAACUGGAAAGACGAGAACAGAGACACUCUGGAUGUGUACCUGAAGAGAGUGAUGGAGAAAGCCCUCAGCAGUACAAAUGGUCACCUGGACCUGUUUGUUCGUUUCCUUCAUGGCCUCUGUCUGGAGUCCAACCAGAGACUCUUAGGAGGCCUGCUGGGUCAGACAGAGAACCAUCCAGAAAUGAUCCAAAGAGUCAUCGACAACCUAAAGGAGAUGAGGAGUCAUAAAAUGUCUCCAGACAGAAGCAUCAACAUCUUCCACUGUCUGAUGGAGAUGAAGGAUCUCUCAGUAAAUCAGGAGAUCCAAGAGUUCCUGCAGUCAGAGGACAGAUCAAAGAAGAAACUCUCUGAGAUCCACUGCUCAGCUCUGGCCUACAUGCUGCAGAUGUCGGAGGAGGUUCUGGAUGAGCUGAAUCUGGACAAGUACAGAACAUCGAAUGAGGGAAAACUGAGACUGAUUCCAGCUGUGAGGAACUGCAAAAAGGCUGGACUUUCGAACUGUAAACUCUCAGAGAGUCACUGUGAAGUCGUGGCCUCAGCCCUGAAGUGUAAGCCCUCCCAUCUGAUAGAGCUGGACCUGAGCUGGAACAACCUGCAGGAUUCAGGAGUGAAGCAGCUUUCUGCUGGACUGCGGAGUCCAAACUGUAAACUGGAGACUCUCAGAUUAAUGAGCUGCAGUUUGUCAGAGAUCAGCUGUGAUUCUCUGGUCUCAGCUCUGAAGUCCAACCCCUCCCAUCUGAAACAUCUGGACCUGAGCUACAACAAGCUGAAGGAUUCAGGAGUGAAACAUCUGAGUGGUUUUCUGGAGAGUCCAGACUGCAUCCUGAAGACUCUGAGAUUGUGGGACUGCAGUGUGUCAGAGAUCAGCUGUGAUUCUCUGGUCUCAGCUCUGAAGUCCAACCCCUCCCAUCUGAAACAUCUGGACCUGAGCUUCAACAAGCUGAAGGAUUCAGGAGUGAAACAUCUGUGUGGUUUUCUGGGGAGUCCAGCCUGUAGCCUGAAGACUCUGAGAUUGAGGGGCUGCCGUUUGUCAGAGAUCAGCUGUGAUUCUCUGGUCUCAGCUCUGAAGUCCAAUCCCUCCCAUCUGGAACAUCUGGACCUGUUCUUCAACAACCUGCAGGAUUCAUCAGUGGAAUAUCUGUUAGAUCUUGUGAAGAGUCCAGACUGCAGCCUGAAGACUCUUGAGCUGGAAGUGAUGCUGAUCAGGACGAUGUUUGUGCUGACAGAAUGAAGUGUGUCCUGAUGAUCCAGAGAUUGAAGCAGCAACAGCAGCUGGUGUGUAGAGGCUCAGACUGGACCAUGUUACUGGGAGGUGGACUGUGAAACAGUAUGAAGUGUGUUGUUCCUGUAUAGUUUAGUGUUGCAGCCCCACACUGGGAAUGACGGAGAAGUGCAGCUAAUGUUGACUCGAUCCAUUGGGAGUUGAUGUGAGGUUGCAGAAUGUGCUGGAAGUUUCAAGAUGUUUUCCACUCUGACUGAUAUCUGCCCACUUGGAACCUCAAUUCCAGGUUGUCAGCCCUUGGUCUGUUUGUGGGAAUGUUCCAGUGUUACCUUUUUUGUUUUGUCCUCACAUUUGCAUGACGUCAUGGUUGGUAAUGAUUCAGUCUGACCUUUAUUAACACAUAAUCAUGAAACGCAUCCUGACUGAGCUUGUAAAUAACGCUAAGGGCCUUUUGGUGUUUAAUUAGGACUUUUCCGGCACAUUAGUUGUUUGACGAUCACAGGGCUGCCAACUUGUGACCAGACCUUAGAGUGAGAUUUGGUUUGUGUGGGAUGCCAACAAGGGGCCCUCCCCCAGAAAAUUUUGAAAAUUAUUGAUCCUAUUUCCUGCAUUCUGGUGUAAUUUAAGAGCAUUUUAGCUGUUAAAAUCUUAUUAUAGAGAUAACAUUAAGGGAUAGUAAAAAAAAAAACAUUGAGCUUAAAAAAAAAUCUGAAAAGAAAACAGAGCAAGGGCAGGCAGUAUUGAAAAUGGUUCUUCAUGUCAAAUAUGGAUGAAAGUUCUGUGGCUGGAUGUGCACAACACAUUUCAGUAUUUUCCAUAAAUAUAUGCAUAAUUGAAAUAACUCCAGCAGCCACUUUGUGACAUUUGUCUUGGAGGAUUUUGAUGCACACACUCAACAGCUUCAAGCUGACCACAUCAGCCAAUGAAACAAUAAAAAGUGCUUAAGCAAAAACAAAAUAUAACUUCAUAACUUAAAUUAUCCAUUCACUGAACAGAAUUACAGUCAGACAUUAAGAAAGUUCAAAUACAAUUGAAUUCAGCUUCAGUGUUGCUGUAAUUCAGCCACUAGAGGGCGUCACACUCUUCACAAUGAGUCACCAGCUUGUCACAGACGAGGUCACAUCAUCACACAGGAACCAAGUCCUGUAUGAAGGUAGAUUUGUUUCUUUAUUCUUCAAUCGAAAAAAAAGUUGCUCCAAUCGCAAAACAUGUUUUCAAUCAGAAAAAACUUCACUUCAAUCAAAAAAAACAUUUUCAAUCAAAGAAAAAACUUGUUCAAACGCAAAAAAAAUUUGAGAUCCAAAAAAUUGCAUAUAAACACGUUUUGUCUUUGAUAGAAUUUUUUUUUUGUUGAAAAUUCAUUUUUUGAUUGAAGUCAUAUUUUUGGAUUUGAGCCAUAUUAUGGGUAGGACAUUUGUUUCUUUAUUACUCAAUGAAAACAAAAGCAGCCCCAACCUCAAAAAAUGUUUUCAAUAAAAAAAAGGUCACUUCAAUAAUAAUAAUAAAAAAAUUCAAUCAAAGAAAAAACGUUUUCCCAAUAGAAAAAAAUAUUUGAGACUAAAAAACAAAUGCAUUCGAACACGUUUUUUCUUUGAUUGAAAUUUUUUCAUUAUUGAAUUCAGUUUUUAUUUGACUGAAAAUAUAUUUUCUGAUUGAAGUCAUAUUUUUGGAUUUGAGACAUAAAAUGAGUAGGACGUUUGUUUCUUUAUUACUCAAUCACAAAAGAUAUAGCUUCAAUCAAGAAAAAUAUUUUCAAUCAAAGCAAAAAAAAAGUGUUCGGAGUGUUUCGACUUUGUUUUGGCAUUCAAACACCUUUUUUUCCGAUCGAAGUGAAAAAAGUUUUGAAGCCUGUUUUUGCGAUUGAAUCAUUUUGACACAAACAUCCCACAGUGGGCGGAUGCUUCUCCAUUGGUCGGGCAUGUUUGAGUGACAGGUGUCCACACCAAUGACGAAUCUCUCUCCAGAAGAAGCUACUUGUGUGCGGGGAAGUCAGUCUUUUCUAUAGUCGUAUGUUUGUGCAGCUGAUUGAAAAUGUUUUUUUUGAUUGAAGUGAAGUUUUUUCUGAUUGAAAACAUGUUGUGCGAUUGGAGCAACUUUUUUUCGAUUGAAGAAUAAAGAAACAAAUCUACCUUCAUAGUCCUGAUGCUUCAUGUCUCACAUAGUAAAAAAAAAACAAAAACAGUUUAUUGUAUUUAAGAGCAGUAAAUAAAGCUUUUCUGUUUCUAACUUUUAAACUUAUUCUGUGGAAGUCUGAAAUGAGAACAAACUGACAGCUGACAUUCACCCAGAACUUUUCAUUUGAUCGGUUUAUGUUUUGCUCUGAUAUGUAGGCUUAUUGUACCCACUACUAUGUUUAUAAUAUGUUUACAUCUAUAACUGUAUUAUUAAAUUACUGAAAUGAAAUUUGCCACUGCACUUUCAGCUGUCAUGUUGCACUGCUUUGCAUAAACCUCUUCUGACUUAUCAGUUACUAUUUCUGUAAUACACUAUUUUCUGCAUGUACACCAUGUCAUCACUGUAUGUUUACAUUCUGUCUUCUAGUUAAUCUCCUUUUUGUCUAAGUAUGUUAUUCACUCAGCAUCUGUGCUUCUUACAGUUGUCAAUAUGAUUGCUAUACCGGUAUAUAUAUAUAUAUAUAUAUAUAUAUAUAUAUAUAUAUAUAUAUAUAUAAAUACAUUUGAAUGAUAUAGUUUGUCUCUUUAAGAAAUACAGACAGAUUAAUACUCGCGUCAUAACCAGGAUACUACACUAUAGUGAUGCUCUUUGUUCUAGUCUGCCAAAGAACACAGGAAGUCCCAGAUUUUCUGCAAACACAUUCAAUUUGUUCUGUUUUCAUUUUUCUUUCAGUCGUCCCUUCUUGUAAAAUUCUGUCACACUGUGUUCAUCAAGUGGAAUACGAAUAAAAUGACAAGAAAGAGCGACUAUCAAUCACUUUUGUAAUCACACAAUUUUUCACAAGCUUUUGGCUGCAAAGUUCUUGUUUAAUGAAAACAAUAAAAAGAACAAAAUUCA